AUGAGCAAUUCAAAAAAGGAGUUCGUCCUGCGAUUCGAUUUUAAAAAAGCCUGGCUCAUGAAGAAAACAGAGCAUUAUACUAGUGAAGAGGAGGAUCAUUUCGGUAUCAAAUGGUGGCUGCGCGUAACUCGUGAUGAUCAAUUUCUCUAUGUGGAUUUGGGAAAAAGUGGAGCGGGAUCCACUAAUUUUCAUGGAAACUUCAAUGUUCGUGUCGAAUCGGAUAAUGGAGUAAUUUCAGAGAAUUUCAAGUUUUCUGGAAGCAAAAGUGAUGCUGAAAUAUACCAGACACUUCAAGUCCAGUAACAACAAAAGAAGAGUAUGCAGUUGUAUUUCGGAAUGAUCUUCAAACUGAUCAACGUCUUAAUCCUGAAAAAAGGUCAAUUGGAAUAUUCUAUUCGGGAGAAGUUGAUUGUCUGGAUAGACACGGAAAUAUGCUCGAGCUAAAAACUCAGAAAGGCGAGCUCGGUCAUGGAUUCUACAAAUACUCGAAAUCCUUCAAAUGGUGGCUUCAAUCAUCAUUGGUCAACGUCGAUCACAUCAUCGUCGGACUUCGAACACAGGAAGGCCACGUCAAAUCGUUUACGUCACUGCGUACCCGAGAGAUCCCACAGCGGGCCUCAUGGAAUUUCAGAGCCGGCUUCGAGUUUCUCUCCACAAUUUUCACUUAUAUUCUUAACUGCCUUGAGAAGGACGGAGAUGCGUGUGUUAUAGAAUAUCGCAGUGAGAUGGGUAUUCAUAAAGGAAUUCAAAUGAGAAGAGUACCGGUAGAUGAAUUCGAUUUUGUGCCGAAUGAGUUCCUCGAAAAGUUUUGUUGA